CUGCGCAUGCAUAAAAAGAGGCGUCAUUAGUGGACCUGCAGGCACAGACAAGUAGAACACAGAAGAAGUGCACUGCCCAGCGUUCUUUGAGAAAAACAAGUGCGUGAUUUGGUGGGAAGGAUGAAGUGCACGGCGGCGUUUCUGGUCCUGUUCAUGGUGGUCCUCAUGGCAGAGCCCGGAGAGUGUAUCUUUGGACUGAUUUUCCACGGUAUUAAAGCGAUCCAUGAGUUGAUCCACGGUCAUGGCGACUUUGAAGAACAAGAGCAGAUGAACAAGCGCUCUGUUGAAUUCAUGCCGGGCCGACCUGGUUUUGACUGAGGCGUCUGCUUACAACUUUGUUUUUGGGGGCUAAAGGAAAAAGCUUUUCGCUCUUCUGAAUAAAUGAAUACUUAAAUCUUGUAACUCCAACCAAUGAAUUGGUUCAUGGAAUGCAAAAUAAAUCUGCAAUGUACUUAA